AGCUCCCCAAUCGAGUGGAUAUGACGAGUGGAUAGGGAUAGUCCUUACAUUUAGUGUGGAAGUGUGAAAAUUCAUAGUGAAUCCUGAGCUACAGAUAGCCACAAAACCCAACCCAAUUCCUAGUCAAUUAUGGCGACUGCUUGGCUGCCACCGCUGGCGUGUCUUCUCCUUUGCCUGAGCUCUGUGCAGGUGCGCGCCUACUCCCAAGUGCUGAUCAGCGGCGAGCAGGGACCGAGGAUAUUCAAGGCUCUCAAUACGGAUCUAAUAUUUCCCAAAACCUUCAACUCCAGCGAGAAUGUUUACUCCACCACGGAGGCGCCUGUGGCGACUUCAACGAGCACAACAACCGGAAUGCCGCCCAUACCCUACAAUCACCAGUCCGAGGUGGUUGUGGUGACUCCCGGUUCCCCUGUGUUUGUCACACCUGUGGCAGCGAGCGAGGAGGAGGUGCUGCAGCCUGUAGAGACCAAAGAGGAGCAGCUGCAACCCGUAGCAAACGUGGAAGAGGUGCAGGAGCCACUCCAACCAUUGGCGAGCAUUGAAGGCGCCUCCACAGGUCGUGCCGUGGAUUAUCGUACUGCCUAUCCCUUUGGACAGCUCUUAACGCCGCUGCUCAAGGGCCAGACGCAGACCCGCAUCUAUCCACAGGGCAGUCCCUCGUACUACUCCUCCUCCGCUGCAGCAGCAGCACGUAAUCCCAGUCGCCCUAGGCCCUAUAAGAAAGGCAUCAGCGAUCGCUUCACGCCCGGUGAGAGCACCGCCGCUGGGCUGUUCAAGGGUCAGCACAAACACAAUCAUGAUCACUCCCAUGGCGGCAAGUUGGCCGCCAGCUCGAACUCAGUGCCCUCCUAUGUGCCUCCCUCGGAUGCGUAUUCCUUUCCGCCGCUGAACACAAAGUAUCCAUCGCCCGCUCAGGAUCCCAAAGCGGCGCUGCCCUCGGAUACGGUGACCAGCUACUUGCCACCCGCUUCGGGUGGGCUGAGUAACGCGGGCUAUGCCUAUCCGGGUCCACCCAUGCCCGCGUCCACGGGCUACAAAUAUCCUGGCCCACUGGCAGGUGGCAAUGGAGACAAGGAUGCGGCUGCCAGUUCCCCGAGCGCCGCAGCUCCUAUCGCAGAUGAUGACCAGGGCAAUGACGAUGUGAUUGGCGUGCUGCCCGCCAGUGCCAUGGAUAAUCUGCCCACAAAGGAUCAGGGUCAGGAUCAGGGCAAGGAUGCGGAUGGAGGAGCUCCUCCAGACAGUGGCGGUGGGGAUAUGGGACCACCCGAUGGCGGAGAUGACGGCGGUGGCAACGAUGAUGGUGGAGCUUUGCCUGCACUCCACAAUGAUGGAUCGCAGAGCAACGAUGAUCACAAGUACGAUCCCAGCAUGGAGUAUGCGACGCCACCGCCUGGCUGGCUGGAAUCACACCCGGAAUCGGCGGCACCAAAGCCGGAGGAUCACGAUCAUGGAUAUGAUCAUGAUCACGAUCACAUACCGGAUCAUCCACAUCCCGAACACGAUCAUCCGCAUGGGCAUUAUCCGGGCCACUUUGAUUAUCCGCUUGCCUCGUACCCCGAUGACACGUAUCCGGAACUGCUCUACGAUGAUCAUCCGCAUCAUCAUCAUCACGUUCACCAUCCACCUCCUCCUCCUCCGCCACCACCACCACCACCACCACCACCGCCACCUCCUCCUCCACCACCGCCGCCGGCGCCAGAGCCACGUGUCAAGAAAUACAGUUACUUCUACAUUGGCCGCAAGCUCUGGUACAUUCCGUUAUACUUUACAGUGUGGUUCAGCUUUUACAUUCUGUGGCUGAUCAUCAAGUCGAUUGGCAGGCACAAGGUGAAUCUGCCCAACCAUUACGUGUCGCGGCGCAGUGCGCCUGACUACUUCACGGAGCAGGGGCGCGAUGAAUACAUCAACAAUCUGACGGUUAAGGUGCUCGAACACAUAGAUAGCUUCAAGCACAAAUACUUGAACUGAUAAGGGGACUCUAAAAACUA